AUGAGCGCCAGAACGCUGACCAACGUUGUAAACGACCAGACCGUUACCUUGAACGCUCUCAUCUAUGGAUAUGCCGGACACAGUCUUGUCACUCCACAGCAUGCACUGCAACAGAUAUGGUGGACCGAGGAAAGAAUAAACGAAAAGGUCACAACCGACUUUGUUACCUCGCGAUUGCAGCCUUCCGAAAGGGAGCGUCUUCACCAGCCUGUUGGCUUUGGUGAUUUGAGCGAUGACACAUACAUGGAGUGGAUAAUGGACAAGGCGAGACGGUUAUUCCUGGUGCUUGUCGAAAUUGGCGAGGCGGAUAGAAUAUUCAACGUGGUCGAUAAAUCAUGGGAUGAUGACGAUCUACCCCUCCAAAUGGAUGACAUUGAGCAGCUUUCGCUCUCGAAUCGACGCGACAACCGUGCCAAUGUUCGCUUCUACCACACUCAAUUUACCUUCCUCCUGCGAGAGCUACGAGAAGGCAUUCAUAUCGACUAUGCCGCAAACGAGGAAGUCCCAGUCGAGAACGUCAUGGCUCUUCCUAUAGCCGUAAAUCUGCAACCAUGGUCGCGUAUUCAUCUGCCCAAGAAACCUACCAAGAUUUAUAUGCGCAGACGAUUUCCCCUGGGCAAUGCCGAAAAUCCAGAUGCGUUUAGGGAGGAUUUCAUCCUGGACGUGGAAAGUGCGAGGAUGGUCGAGCACGACCACUUGGCACCUGUAUGGGCAUCCUAUACCGCCAAAGGUUAUGGUUAUAUCGUCUCCAACUUCGUCGGACACCAUACUCUGCGCACAUUUAUCGACCAUCGCAAACCAUCGCAAUACCAGGCGCUGCCGAAACCCGAUCGCAGAUGGCUGGUUCUCAAUUGGCUGCAUUGUUUGGCUGAUGCAGUGGCAACACUCCAUCAGAAUGGCUUCUGUCACUCCGCAAUCCGGCCUUCCAACAUUCUGAUUGACGAGCAGAAUGGCAUUGCCUUUGGCGAUAUUGGCAGCUUGGAGACGUUCCAGAAAGACAAGAAGCCUGAUGCCAUGGACGCCUAUGUCUACAGCGCGCCAGAAGCACAUCUCACCUCACAAUCCAUGGAAACAGUGACGUUGCCAACCAGCCCCGCUUCACCGACUACCCGACACGCUUCUGUGAUUAGUAAGAGCUCUUCCGGAUCUUCGAAUAGUGGUAGCUCACAGCGCCAAAAGCUCACCAAGACGCAUACCGGUGAUUUCUCAGGCUUCAAUUUCGGUUUCAAGAAGGCACAGCCGGUACCCAAGUUGCGCUCGCGAAAGCACGAGACGGAAAAGGCCGAUGUUUUCUCUCUGGGUUGUGUCUUUGUGGAAAUAAUCACAUUCAUGAUGAAGAAGAAGCCCCACGACUUUACCAAACACCGCACGUCGAAGCAAAAGACGACCAUCGGCGGCAAGAUCUCAAGGACAGAUUCCUCUUUUCAUAUCAAUCUGGAAAAGGUUGAUACGUGGAUGAACAUACUUGAAAAGGCGUCAUUCGAGCAGGACGAUGACGCAUUCCGCGCAGUCCCUCAUGUGCUGAACCUCGUACGCAGCAUGAUUAAUGAGGCGCCCACGGUGCGCCCAGCCAUGAGUGAUGUCCGCGACAAACUAUACGACAUUCUUUCCAAUCACACCCCCAUACCCAAUAUCCACUGUGGUGCGCCAAAGCACGACGUCGGUAUCGCAACAUCAUACUCGGAUUCGGACAGAGCGUCAAGCAUAGCCUCGCUGCGGACCAUGUCUACCAUAAGUUCGAGCAGCUCAGAUGCGGAUACAAUUCGGUCAGGCACGACGCAGGUAAGCUCGAUCGUCAACUCCUACUCCGAUCGAACCACGCUGUAUGAAAUUGAGGAAGAUGACGGCGCUUCAAUACGAACGAUAGAGCCAUCCAAAACCACACCGCCAAAUAUCCAAGCAUUAUACGAGUCUCCGAGGAGGGCACCCAUGCCACCUGGCUCACCAACUUCUCCACGAUCUCCGCGGUCCCCAACAACACCCGUGUUCGCACGUCCUGGUAGCCCAUCGAGACCGAGCUCGUCUUCUGUGAAGGUGAAACCGUGGAACAAACCGUUUGUUGUAAUGCCUUGA